GUCAAAAGGCGGCUCCGGGCGGGCAGCGGGAGGGGGGCGGCGGCUCCGCGAGCGCAGUGACUCCUCACCCAUCUCUGAACCAACCCGUGGACCGUGUCGGAUGUGACUGAGACAAUCAGCAAACAAAGGUGGCUCCAUGUCCCAGCUCCAGAGCUCCUGGGAAAUGCACCAGCAGAGCAUGGCCUAUCUCCCAGACACAGACAUGGAGAUGGUGGCUGCCAGCACAUCCCUCCCCGAGCCCACCGGAGACUUCGACCGCAACGUGCCCCGAAUCUGCGGCGUGUGUGGGGACAGAGCCACCGGCUUCCACUUCAAUGCCAUGACCUGUGAAGGCUGCAAGGGCUUCUUCAGGAGAAGCAUGAAGAGGAAAGCCAUGUUCACCUGCCCCUUCAAUGGGGACUGCAAGAUCACCAAGGACAACCGGCGGCACUGCCAGGCCUGUCGGCUCAAGCGCUGCGUGGACAUUGGCAUGAUGAAGGAGUUCAUCCUGACAGAUGAGGAGGUUCAGAGGAAGCGUGAGAUGAUCCUGAAGAGGAAGGAGGAGGAAGCACUGAAGGAGAGCCUGAAGCCCAGACUCUCAGAGGAGCAGCAGAGGGUCAUUGACAUCCUGCUCGAGGCCCAUCACAAAACCUUUGACCCCACUUAUGCUGACUUCACCAAAUUCCGGCCCCCUGUGAGGAGCAGCCCCAGCAGCAGAGGGGCAGCAAGAUCUUCCUCCCUCCUCACCCAGGACCUGUCCUCAGAGGACUCUGCUGACCUCUUUGGCUCUGAUGCCUUCAGCACGUUUCCAGAGUCUGUGGAGCCCCAGAUGUUUUCCAACCUGGUCCUGUCUGAGGAGAACAACGACAGCUCCUCCAUGAACAUCGACUUCUCCCACCUCACCAUGUUGCCUCACCUGGUUGACCUGGUCAGCUACAGCAUCCAGAAGGUGAUUGGCUUUGCCAAAAUGAUCCCAGGCUUCAGGGACCUGACAGCAGAGGACCAGAUAGUGCUGCUGAAAUCCAGUGCCAUUGAGGUGAUCAUGCUGCGCUCCAACCAGUCCUUCACCCUUGAGGACAUGACCUGGACCUGUGGCAGCAAUGACUUCAAGUACAGGAUCAGUGAUGUCACUCAAGCUGGUCACAGCCUGGAACUGCUGGAGCCACUGGUGAAAUUCCAGGUUGGCUUGAAGAAGCUGAACCUUCAUGAAGAGGAGCACGUGCUCCUCAUGGCCAUCUGCAUCCUGUCCCCAGAUCGCCCCGGCGUGCAGGACACCUCCUUGGUGGAAUCCCUCCAGGAUCGUCUCUCUGAGAUCCUCCAGACCUACAUCCGUUGCAGACACCCUCCUCCAGGCAGUCGCCUCCUUUAUGCCAAAAUGAUCCAAAAACUGGCUGAUUUGAGGAGCCUGAAUGAGGAACACUCCAAGCAGUACCGCUGCCUGUCCUUCCAGCCCGAGCACAGCAUGCAGCUCACGCCCCUGGUGCUCGAGGUGUUUGGCAAUGAAAUCUCCUGACUGCCCUUGAUCUCCUGAGAGCUGAGAGCCUCUCAGCAAAGGGAUAAGUCAGCCCCAGGGGGAAGGGGAGCAAGGGAAAAGGGGGGUUCCCCCCCAAUCCUGAGGCAGAGAGGUGCAGCCCCAGGGAGUUGUUGUACACGAGCUGGUUGGUUUCACACUACGGGAGGUUCUUGCUUUGGCUCCUCGAGCCAUAGAGGUUGAGGUUCAUUCACUCUGAGGCAGUGACAGCCCCCAAAUCCCCCCCAGAUCCCCCCCCAGUUCCCCCCCACGAGCAGCUUUGCCACUUCUCUGCCAUCCCUGAGCGCUGACUUAUCCCUUUCUGGAUAGCUGGAGGCUGGGCUGCCUCCCCCCCCUCCCAGCACCCCUGAACCCCCAAUCCAUGGAAGGAGAAGAUUUAGGGGAGGGGGAGGGUGAUGGGGUCAGAGUUUUCUGCUCCUCUCCCAAAACCCACAACGUUCCCACUCAGGAUGGGGACUGGGGGCUGCACCCCCCACCCCGUGACCACCCAAAUCAACCCCCCAGGAGCACUGAGGACAAGUGGGACGAGCCCAGCGACCCCCAAAACAGCCCCCAGAGGGGAGAUUCACCCCCCCCCCUCCCCAGGAUGAGCUCUCAACGCCGCUCCUGAAGUUUAGGGGAGCUCGAGGCGGCUCCUGGAGCUGAACCCCGUUG